GCCGAUCUGAAACAAUCUUACUGAAUAUGAUCUCAUCCUAUACCAAUGCUAUGCCAAGUGAAUUAAAACUUAAAAGAGAUGAGCUCAUGAGCAUAUCAGGUGACUUCAUGGUUUGACAGUUAAAAAGUCAAAGUAAAGGGACUAAAGUUGUAAAUGGACCAAAGUAAAGGGAGCAUGUUCGUAGUUUUGCUUUUGAAGGGAAGUUCGUUGAUUUAGUUAACAAACCCGUAAUAUCAGCUGGAUGUUGAAUCUCUUCUUCCCCUAGUUGCACUGAUCUUGAUCCGUCCUGUUAUUAGUAACGACUAACAACCAUGCUUUCAAAAGGUCGUAAAUCCUAUACAUGCUUUCGUGGCUACUGCCAACUCUCUCUCCUUGCGCCAAAGGAGAAAGGCAAGGAACGAGUGCGAGUCCGAGUCCGAGUCCGAGUCCGAGUUUUAAUGGAUGUCUCUCUGGCUCUGGCUCUGUCACUACCACAUUUCCCCCUUCUGUCAGCACAGUGAAGCGCCAAAGCAACGUUCCUCCCAUUUCCACCGUCGCCAUUAUCCUCAGGUAAUCUCAUCACUUGGCCGAGAUUACUGUUGAUCGCAGGCUGUUAUGUUUUGAUGAUCGAUCGGUUUGGUUGAAGGGACAUCCGAGAAAGACAGAAACAAUGGGGUCAAAAAAGACCGACCCUUUUCAACUGGGGAAGAGCCCCUCCAUCAAGUCAUGCUUCCCUGAUACAAAAUCAACGGAUGGUUCUGAGUACAAAUCUGAUCAGAGGUCUUCCCUCCACUUCAGAUCAUAUUCUUGUGAUGUGAGGGAUCUCUCUCUCCAAACUUUUCUCCCAUGUCUUCCCUAGAUCGCUCAGCCAAUCUAGUCAUGUAUGAUAACGCACUCUACUCCAAUAAUCGGAACCCAAACUUGGAGCCCUCGAGUUCCCCUUUCUCAGGAGUGCGGCGAAGCCUAGACAUUCAGCUGCCUCGUGCUUCACCUGCUCGGACCUCCGGGGAUCGUAAGGUGGCUGGGUUCCACCCUGUCUUGACGUUGCAGGCCUCAAAUGAGAAUUCGGCUUUAGAUAUGAAUGCUCCAACAGAUAUGAAAUAUGAAGGAGCCAAGUUAGGGGAGAAAAGAUUCAAGGGCCAUCAAAGACAUGUUCCGCUUUACCUAGCUGCACUUAAAGGCGAUUGGAGAACGGCCAAGGCUUACCUGCAGUGGCACCCCACAGCUAUUCGCGCUUACAUCACGAGGGGGCUAGAAACUGCACUUCACAUUGCAGCUGGUGCAAGGCACACUGUGUUUGUUAGAAAGCUGGUUAAGAAGAUGACAGUAGAUGACUUGGCUCUGCAGAACAAGGUAGGGAAUACAGCCCUGUGUUUCGCUGCGGUUGCUGGUAUCACAGAGACAGCAAAAGUGUUGGUGAACAAGAACAGAAGCUUGCCGCUAGUUAGAGGCAGUAAAGGAGCAACGCCUCUCUAUAUGGCUGUGCUUUUGGGGAAAAGAGAUAUGGCUUGGUAUCUCUACACUGUUACAGAGGACAAUGCUCUUUCUGGAGAGGAUCGAAUCGGACUUCUUGUUGCUGCUAUCACAUCUGAUCUAUUUGAUGUAGCUUUGGUUCUGCUCCGUGACCAUCCAGAAUUAGCUACAGCUCGAGAUGCAAACGGUGAAUCAGCUCUUCAUGUGUUGUGCCGAAAGCCAGGAGCAUUUUACAGUGGAACUCAAUUGAGCCUUUGGAGGAGAUGCAUCUACUCAUGUAUCCAGGUGCCGUUUAUGGGGUCCUCUGGUUCUAUACAAGAUGCUCGUCUAGCCCGACGCAUUCUCCAAGCAAUAGGAAGAAGUGUCGCCCAUCUGGUCCCGGAUGCUACUCUGAUAUACAACAUGAAGCUGAGUCACACAGAAGCCCUUGAGCUGGCAAAGCGACUUUGGGAUCUGGUAUUGCAUCUAGACAACGCGAGUGUUAAAGAGUUCAUCAGAACACCCACACAGUUACUUUUCACAGCUACAGAGGCCGGAAUGGUAGAGUUCUUAACCAUUCUGAUUCGGUCUUACCCCGACCUGAUUUGGAAGGUUGACGAACAUUCUAGAAGCAUAUUCCACCUGGCGGUGGUGCAUCGACAAGAAAAGGUCUUCACUCUUAUCAAUGAGAUAGGGGCACUCAAGGAUUUUAUAGCUAUUUAUAAGGAUGAAGAGAACAAUAACAUGUUGCAUUUGGCUGGGAAGCUUCCCCAUCCAAGUCGACUGAACACGGACAAUGGUGCAGCUUUGCAGCUGCGACGUGAGAUAUUAUGGUUCAAGGAAGUGGAGAAAAUUGUGCAACCGCUGUAUACCGAGAUGAAGAAUGCAGAUGGGAAGACUCCUCACGAUCUGUUUGCAACAGAACACAAGAAACUGGCAAGAGAUGGGGAGAAGUGGAUGAAGGAAACUGCAUCUUCUUGCAUGGUCGUCGCAACACUCAUCACCACCAUGAUGUUUGCAGCGGCUUUCACCGUCCCCGGUGGAAACGACCAGGAGACGGGCAUGCCACUAUACCUCCACACCAAGUCGUUCUUGUUCUUUGCUAUAUCAGAUGCACUUGCCUUGGUCUCUUCGGCAACAUCCAUCUUGAUAUUCCUUUCCAUGCUGACCUCGCGAUACGCCGAAGAGGACUUCCUCUCGUCACUACCAAACAAGUUGCUCACUGGGCUUCUCACCCUUUUCAUCUCUAUCGCCACCAUGAUGAUGGCCUUCAGUUCCACCCUCUUUAUGACCCUUGGAUAUGGGUAUACCUGGACUACUGUGACCAUCACAGCUGUUGCUUGUGUCCCUGUCACAAUGUACGCUUUCCUGCAAUUUCAUCUCGUAGCUGACAUCGUUAGUCAUUCUUAUACCACCAGUCUCUUCCUGCAUCCUAAAAACUGUUUGCUGGGCUGAAAAGAGAACUAUAAGCACCAUUUUCGAGCAUCACAUCAAAUAUGGCCAUCACAGUAAAGGUUUAUACCCUGUAUAUAGCAAUUUUGAUUUGAUAGAAGUACAUAGAUUAUAGGCACAAAUUCAGCAUUUUCAUAGCGUUCCUCUUCCUUUCUUUGCUCCAACAAACAACAAGCUUUUGAACACAAGAAACUGUGAGAUUCCUUUAAGCUCUGAUUCUCUUUCUGCAAGUAAGCUUAAUUCUAUGUUCUUUCUAAUCCAAGCUUCCAUCUUGUCCUAAAAAAUUUAGCCUAUAAGCUCUGUAGUCUAGUAAAAACUACUUACUUCCUUCCAACCUUCCAUCUUCUACAGCUCCUUUUUGGCUUCUAGUUCCUCACUUUCUUCUACAGCUUUACCUCCUCCGAUGUCAGCCACAGAUUGCUGAUCAUUUCGCUUGGACACAAUCUGCCCCACCUUAGCAUAUUUCUCAACGAACUUGUCCUCCCAAUCCUGAAGAACUUCAAGCUCGGAGGCGCCGAGGCCUUCAAGAUCCGCCGUCAGAUCACGAGGGUCAAAUGACAAGAGCGCCAAAGCUCUCGCCGCUUCUCUACCGGCGAAGAUUCCGUACGGACCCCCUGGCCCGUAGAACAUCCUGGAGCGGGAAACGUCGUAAAUCUGGCCCUGGAUUGCCAUCAGAAGUGGCUUACUUGGAUCGGAGCCGUUGUAAGCUCGCAGUUCUUCCUCGGUGACAUCCCCCAGCUGGACCGGAUCGGAAACCGGCGGAGGGUCCGUCAGGCUCGGAGGGAGGACGCCGACGCCGUUGACGGUAGGGGGAGUGUUGAACUCGUCGGGUCCGACGAACAUGCCGCACACCGUCUUGUAGACCAUCACCGAGAGAGCUAGGAUGGUGAAGAAAGCAGCCGACGAGAGGCCGGUGUAGGCGUGGAUGGCAUCCAUCAAAGCUGCGUAGAACCCCAUUUGGCUUCUUUGCUUCUAACCGGCGAAUAGUGUGCUUUCUGAUGGGUCGCCGGCGAGGGAGGUCAAGGGUGUGAAAAACACGAAUCAAAUACGAAUGAACUGAGGAAGUAGGUAGAUCCGAUUCGUGGAGCCUCGUUAAGCAAGAGAACGUGCGGAUGGGUGGUAAAGAUCACCUACCACCGGUACUCCGGUAGGCUCAGCUUCGGUAAGUGACAUUAGACAUGUCUAGGGAUGGCAAUGG